UUGCCAUGGCAGUCCCCGUGGUCGUCGCUUCUCUGUGCGUCGCGUGUUUCAUCUGUCUGACCGGAGCCUACGACUUGGUCCCGUCCGGGUCGACGGUCGUGGCGAGUGGCGGAGGGUUGUACCUGCGCUAUGUGGACGUGUUCCCCAACCUGACGGAGUGUGCCGUCGAAGCGCCGGGCAUUGGGAAGGCGGUGCUCACCGGCAACAGGACCACGUGGCCGCUCUACUUCGGCACGGGCUACGAAAAUGGCAGCUGUGCUGCUAUUAUGCUGAACAUGACUGCCAACAAUGCGGGGCUUUGGAAGCUACAAGCAACCUUCCAGGAGAAUGACACGAAAAAGGUUGAGAUUCAAGGCGUCAACGUAACUGUCAGUGACGCGCCGAGCAAGCCGUCGCCGGUGACGAUGCAGCUGCCAUUUGGCGACGUGUCGGCCAUCCAGGUGGGCAGUGAGGACAGCGUGUACUGCAUGCUGCGCGACCCCCUGGGCCACACCGUCAGCGUGGGCUCCGGCUUCUGCCAGCACACCGUCACCACGCUGGACCAGGGCGUCUGGACCGCCACCUACGCCCUGCCGGGCAGCCUGCAGGAGAUCGAGGUCAACUACACUGUCGAAGCCGUGAAGGUGGAGCUGUUUACGAGCGUGCAGCCGUCGUCGUCGGUGCCGGGCGGCCUGGACCUGCUGUGCCGCCUGCCCGCCCUCUACCGGUCGGGGCUGCUCUUCUGCCGCAUGGUGCACCCCAACGGCACCGGCAUCCACCUCCAGGAGGGCCUCUCCGACGGCAUCUACAGCUACUACGGAGGCGGUCUGACGCGAGACAUGACGCACGACUGCGGCGUCACCAUCCACCGGCCGACGGAGAGCGACUUCGGCGCCUGGAAGUGCAUCUUCGCCUUCGCCACCGGCCUGGAGGGAGGCUACAUCUACGUCACCAACAGCACCCUGGCGCAGCCGGUGACGCAGGGAGAGCCGCUGACGGAGAGCGUGGUGGCGCUGAGCGGCGCCAACGUGACGGUGGGCUGCCGCGCGCCCGUCUCGCUGGGCUCCUGCUGGUUCCGCCACCCGGACGGCUCGCUCGUCACGCCGGAGAUGUUCGGCCUGGGCCGCUACGGCUACUUCGGCGACGGCCUCUCCCUGGGCUCGUGCAGCGUGCGCUUCACCGCCCAGCCGCGCGACUCGGGCCGCUGGACGUGCUACAUGGGCGUGCCCGACCACGUCGACGGCGACCUCUACGCCACCGUAGACGUCCAGAUCAUAGAGGAGCCUUUGGAGGUGCUACAGAAAGAAGUUGUUGCCACGGAGCGAGGACAUACAACAAUAGGGUGCAGAUCUGUUACUGGGGACGGGCUGAACAACUGCCGCUUUGUUCAUCCGAAAGGCUGGGGCAUGACGUUCAGCGGACAAAAGGAUGCGAGUGCAGUCAAGGGCAGAUAUAGAUAUGCUGGAAAUGGCCUUUCCCAUGGUGAAUGUUUCCUGAGAAUUACUGACGUGAGAGAAGAGGACUUUGGGGAAUGGGUAUGUGCAGCUGCGUUGGAAGGACAGGAAGUUGGAGAAACAUUGACUAUAAUAAACAUUAUCGAAGAAGGAGGUCUCAGCACUGGUGCAAUUGCUGCAAUUGUUUCAAUAUGUCUGGUUGCAUCUGCUGUUGGAGUAGCUAUGAUUCUUGGAUACCGAAAGAGAAGAAAAAGUUCUCGUGUAUAGUAUUUGCCUAUGUCAAACAACAAUUGAUGGACAGCAGCUACACAGUACUGCUGCUCUCAUACACUGAUGACAACAGUUUCAUUGAAAUAUACCAAAUUGUGUUUUAUGUCUCAAAUGCAACCACAUAAAUUUCAGGAUUCGUCAAGUUGAUUUUAUUGUGAAGCAUCAUUCAACUAACACGAAAAAACCUGAUUUAUGAACUGUAGAGAAAAUGAAAACAUUCUGUUAAAUUUUUGUCAUAUAAGGAAGUAGAUUUCUCAGUGAAUUUCAGCGAUGACACCUUUUGAAUUAUCAGGAGACUAACUGUCUGUUAUAUAACCGAUAAAACAAGAAAAUUUCAUUUGAGUUUCAGAUGUUUACAACAAUAUUAAACAAAUAACUGGGUACUAUUGUUUCUGUUAUAGCUAUAAUACAGCUGUGGUUAUUCUUAUUGUGGUCUUAAACAGUC